UGAUGACUCUGACUGCCAAAACGGCUGCAACAACGAGCGAAAAAAAGCAAGACCAAGCUGUCAGGGAGUUGUCGUUGCACGAGUAAAGUGCUGCGCACCGUCUUGCAUUGAGACGACCGCGUUAAACUCGCUUCAGCUGUGAGAGCAUGGCGAUGAGCGCUCGCAAGCAGCGCCAAGCGAUGGGCACUGCACGCAAACAGCGCGCCAGCGACGGCGACAGCUCGCGGCUACACUCGCUCUUCUUAUUUGGCGCACUGCUAGCGAUCCUCUUCGUCGACGACGGGUUAGGAGUCGACGCGCUGCAACACACACCACAAACGCGCCGCAACGUGGGAGAGCGCAUCGCCGCGACGCUCGCGUCGCUGACUGUAAUAAAACCACGACCAGCAGUCGCCCGCCCGGAAGGCGUGAACAAGCCCGAGCUCCUGCCGAGCGGUCCCGUAAGAAACGUGAUUGAUGUGAAGGUCAACUUCCUGACACCAGGAGAACAAAAACGCAUCCAGAAGCUCACGGAACAAAUAGAAAAGACGAGCGGCUUCAAGCUCCGCGUGCUCUGCCAGAGCUACCCCGAGACCCCAGGACUGGCCAUAAAAGACUACUGGAAGGUCGACGACAAGACCAUCGUACUCGUCGCGGACAAGGGCCUCAAGGGCACGUCGAACAUCCUCAAUUUCAACGUCGGCGACGGCCUCGCUGAUAUUUUACCGACGCCCUUUUGGUCGCGGCUCCAGGGCCGCUUCGGGACGUCGCGCUACUGGCGCGACGAGGGCGAGGACGUCGCCAUCACGAACGCCGUCGAGGCCAUCGCGUAUUGUUUGCAGCGGGACGCGGACGGCGACGUGACCGGGUGCACGGACCCGCCGUCGCGGCAGAUGAUCGACGCGAAGUUGUAG